GCAGCCUGCCCUGCAGCAGCAGCAGCAGCAGCAGCAGUCACAUGAGAUGGGGCUGGUGUUGUGUCACGUGAGGAGUCGUUUCUAAAACAUGGCUCCAACGAGUUCAGAACAAAAACACCAUCGGCCGACUGACUGCUGUCUGUCUGCUGACACGCAUCGGUAAACAUCACAAAAUGGAGCAUGUGGCUGGCUGUCGCCCCGCAGCAUAUCCGUGUUUUAUUAAGUUCAUUUAGUACGAAGUCAUCAUGCGUGAAGCCGGCGGUGCAUCGUUAGCUUAACGCUAGCUAGCUAGCUGUCAACUGCUACAAGUGGUGAGAGUUAUUUCCUCAGAGGGACGGGUGGAAGAGGAGAUUGAUCUGCCCUUGAUGACUUUGUUUUCGACAUCCAUGAAUGGCUGAAAGUCAUCCUUGUGGGAGACAGUGAGGCGCGCGCAGCAGGACCUUGUGCGACUUUUGACAAGCAUUGGAAACUCACCAUGGAUUGGCUGAUGCAUGCGGUUGAGAAAGACUUGGGGGUUGACCGACGGCAGCAAGGCCCAGGUCCCCGUCCCAGGGAGCUUGUAGCCCUCGUUCCUAUACGUUGGGUGAUGGGCCUGAGGGAGAGGAGGAUCAUGCGCUGUGCCCGCUUUGACAGCAUCAGCGAGGCAGAAGUUCGCACCUACCUUCAGUGUUCCCAGGCGAAGUUGCCUCCUGGCUGGACACGCGUGUGCAUUCAGGGUCUGAGGAAAAGCAAACUGAGCUACAGAUUGGCCAGAGACCCCUGUCUUCAACAAAUGGAGUUCAUGUCACAGGAUUCUUAUGUCAAAACCAUGCAGUGUGUGUCACAACAUAAUGUCAGAAACCUGUGGCGUGAAGCUCAUUACAAACUUGUGCAGGAAUAUGCAGGAGCUGGUGAGCAGAUGCAUACUGCGGCUGUAGAUGCUGUGCGUCAUGCUUUACAGAGGCUCUUCAAUUCCACAUUUGUUUCAUCUGACAAAGUGUCACCAUCCCUUUCUCCAGCCAGAGAAAAAGAGAAAGAAAACUACUUGCCAUCAAGUUCAUCCUGUUUUUCCAAGUCUCAGUCAGACCAUCUGUGUCCUAAUGUUCUACCUGCAGAGUGUCUGCUGGAGACAGCAGAGAUGCUCUACGUGAUUCUACCUUACACUCAGUAUUCACUCCAUGAUAUCGUCUCCUUCAGCCCAGCCAAGCUCGCUAACAGCCAUGCCAAAGUGUUGUUCAUUCUCUACCAGUUACUAACAGCUCUGCAGGCAUGUCAUGCAGCAGGUCUGUCUUGUGGAGAGCUCUCCCUGCUAGACAUAGCAGUAGAUGAGCAGCUCUGCAGCCGUCUCAAACUCAACCUUGCCCAUUACGAGGAUCUGGGGGCAGAAGCAGAUGCUAAUGGUCAUGUUACUGGCAGACAAGUGCCAAAAAGUGUCCUGCCCAGGGACAACUCAUGUGAGAGCCAACAGAACAAAAGACUUUGCAAAGACUGUUUUGGUGAGCUCAAGACAUUGGUUCUGGAUUGGGUUCAUGGACGAGUCAGUAAUUUCCGCUACCUGAUGGAACUGAACAGGCUAGCAGGACGGCGAGAAGGAGACCCUAAUUAUCACCCAGUGCUGCCUUGGGUGGUGGAUUUCACUGUGCCAUUUGGGAAAUUCCGUGACCUCAGGAGGUCAAAGUUUAGGCUCAAUAAGGGCGAUAAGCAGCUGGACUUCACAUAUGAGAUGACCAAAGAGGCUUUGGCAGCUGCAGUGGGUAAUGGGGUAGGUGGAAGCGGCGUAGGUGGAGACCUCAGUGGCUCUGUUGGUGCUGGUGGUGCUGGACAGCCUGAACACCUCCAUGUACCUCAUCACAUAUCUGAUGUGCUCUCAGACAUUACCUACUAUGUCUACAAAGCCCGGCAGACACCCAAAUCAGUGUUGUGCAGCCAUGUCAGAUCCCAGUGGGAGCCCAAUGAGUACCCUGCCAGCAUGGAGCGCAUGCAGAGCUGGACCCCCGAUGAGUGCAUUCCAGAGUUCUACACAGAUCCCUCCAUUUUCCGCUCUAUCCACCCCGACAUGCCGGACCUGGAUGUGCCUCCCUGGUGCAAGUCAGUAGAGGAGUUUAUUGAGGUCCAUCGGCGCCUUCUGGAGAGUAGAGAGGUGUCCCAGCAUUUGCAUCACUGGAUAGAUCUCACAUUUGGCCAUAAGCUGUCUGGUAAAGAAGCUGUCAAGGCCAAGAAUGUGUGCCUGCACCUAGUGGACAACCAUACCAACCUUACUACCUAUGGUGUAGUUCAGCUGUUUGACCAGCCCCACCCGCCUCGCUUAUCUCCUUCUCAGUACGCUCCAGCAGAACCUCCUCUCCUUGGCCUUGCUGCUCUCAAUGUGCCUUCUCUACACAUCCCUCAAAUAGACACCAUGGCUGACACUGUGGAUGGAAUGGUGCCAGAGUCCACAGGGUGUGAGUCCAGUAGCUGGACCAUGGUAGACAGAGAUGAAGAGCUUGAACAAGGUAUGGAAGCUUUGGACUCAUUGGCGGCCGCUGGCUCAUCCAGUUCUGUGUCCUCCUCUGUGCCAAUGCCAAGCAUCAGUACAGCUGGAGGAAAGAUGGGAGGAGAGCACACAGCGCUUAUUGUAUCUCAGUCCCCCAGUUCAUUCCCCGGGGAUUUCACAAGUGGCUUAGGCCCUGGUUUACGCAGUGCCAUGUUACAAAGAGGUGGGCCAACGAACAAAAAACACGGGGAGGGGAGUGUGACCACCAACAGCAUAGAGGAAAUCAAGAUCGUCCUCCCUGAAGGCUUCAACCCAUUGCAGCCUUUGGAAGAACUGGAGAAGUUGAACAAUUUCCUGGUGAAGAGUCUGCACGCUGAAGUGUGGCAUCCUGCCGGAUCUGCUGGCUGCAUGAGAGAUGGUGUGAUGACUGAAUCGCUACCCUCUCUAACACAACUCUACCAAAGAGACAUGCAGGCCCUCGGUGUUCUCAUCGCUGAGAUAUUUUACUCCUCUAAACUGAGAGGACUAAAACCAGGAAACUGCCUUAGACAGCGUUUCCAAGCUGUCAUGAAGCUAUGCUCUGCUAGUCUCCGUGAUGUGCCACUGUCUUUGCAUCAUGCUCUUGAGACCCUGCUGCUAGUGGAGAAGCACUCUGGAAUGGCACACAGAGAAUUACCAGACUGCCCACGUCCACUUCUAUUCAAAUAUGACCCCAUCUGUGAUGGUCUGCCUCCUCCAAACCCCUGCCAGUUGUUGAACUCAAUCAUCACCCCCUUUCCUUUCCCUUCCUAUUUUGCAGCACUUCAUGGUUUCAUCUUUUCCUACCACACCAAGAUGGAGACUACUUGUAGUCUUCAAGGAAGAGAUGUUGUCUUUCACCUGUGGCAGCAGCUUGAGACACUGUUGAGGGGUAACAUCACAGCUGAAGGUCUUGAGAUUCUCUUGCCCUUCAUUCUAGCCCUCAUGCUUGAGGAGUCCACUGCUGUCUAUGCUGCUUGGUACCUUUUCGAGCCCAUCUCUAGAGUGCUCGGUCCCAGAAAUGCAAACAAAUACUUACUGAAGCCACUGAUCAAUGUUUAUGAAAACCCUAACUGCCUGCGUGGACGGUUCUAUCUUUAUACUGACUGCUUCAUUCUACAACUGAUUGUGAGGCUUGGCCUGCAGGCGUUUCUGUCCAGCUUACUCCCCCAUGUGCUGCAGGUCAUCACAGGCUUUGAAAGCUGUAUCUCGGGCUCGGCUGGGGGGGCUUGCAAAGGGCUGAGGGGAGGCACAUGUAAUCUAGGAGAGGAAGAAGAAGAGGACUUUCAGUGUGGUGAGGUGCGGCCAUCUUCUGGGUCUGUUAGUGGUAAUAUGGGAGGUAGCAGUGGACCCACUGGAGGAGUCGGUGUGGUGGGAGAUGCAGGACUAGUUGAUUACUCCUCUGGCAUCAGUCUAAAUGACCAAGUGUUUCUCUCAGAGGCAGAGGACUUUCAGAAUGGGUUUUAUGACAACAGUGGAGCAGGGGUGGCUGCUGGGAAACAGCAGAGCCAAAACUCCGCUGCCAAGGAUCAAGACCAAGAGUCGCUUAGUGUGGGGAAACUAAGUGACAAAAGCAGCACAAGUGAGCUCUCACUGGGUGAUGGAGACUCAAUGCGGGAUCGAGCCAGUCUCAAAUCAGCUGACAGCAGCCAGGACCUGAAACACGCUAGCGAGGGAGAGGACGGAGGGGAGCUGGAGGAAGAAGAGGUGACUGAGACUAACGACAGUAGAGAGGGAACAGACAACAGUGCUGUUCCCAACAUGGAGCUCACACUCUCUGGUUGCACAGAAGCUUCAGGAGCCACAGUAGCCACUCUGGAAGGUGACUUUGUGAAUGGAAUGGAGCUGGAAGAGACUGAGAAAGGCAAUGUGGGAGAGCCGGAGGAGGAUGACGACCACGAUCCAUCAGAAGAGUCUGAGGAGAAGGAGCACAAGAUUCUUCUAGAUACAGUCUGCAAAACAGUUCGAUGGCUGUCGGCAAAGCUCGGACCAACAGUGACGUCUCGAUUUGUGGCCCGAAAUUUGCUGCGAUUGCUCACAAAUUGUUACAUUGGAACUGAGAAACACCAGUUUGUGGCCCCCACAUCAGAGGAGAGCAGCCUGGAGAGUGUGGGAAUGGGCAGUGUGUAUGAGAAGAAACCUGUUGUUGGUGACCACACAGCAGGGCCUGUGUUGGAGUGUCUCAUCUACAUAGCUCAACUUUAUGGAGAGCCUGUACUCACUUACCAGUACCUGCCCUAUAUAGGAUAUCUGGUUUCUCCGCCUUCCUCACAGCGUCUCAACACGCGUAAGGAGGCCAGUCUGCUCGGCGCCGUUGCACUUUCACAUAAGAUCAUUGUCUUUCUCUCUGAUGCCACACUAAUGGACAUGCUUAUGAAGAUCAAUCAGGAUGUGCUCCUGCCACUGCUGGACCUGCUCACCACUCCUCGAAUGGGGUUCCCCAGCGGGGUGCAGACACGCACUGCCGUCUGUCUCAAGACACUCAGCCUGAUGGCUCUCAUCUGUCUGCGCAUCGGGAGGGAGAUGGUGCAACAGCAUAUGGCUGACACUCUGCGUCGGUUCUUUGCUGUUUUCUCUCUGCUGCAUUCUCUGCAGCAUCAGCUGGACAGUGCCCCUCGCAGAGUUGUAGGAGAAGUCACUGUCGUGGACGUCUGUACACCUGAGGAGUCGAAUGUGACGUAUGAGUUGGGGGUAUUGGAGGAGCUGCAGACUGUAUUUAACCCAGAGAUGGCUCAUGCCUCUUACAUCCCAUUCUAUUGCCUCAUAGGUGAUGUAGCAAUUCGGAAGCUGGUCCCCAACCAUGAGCUGGUCUGGCAGUUGGCACAGUCGUACCACCAGAGUGUGAGCCAGAGGAUUUCAGAGACGAACCUUACAACAGCGUCCAGGGUGCCUCCUUCCUCUAUGGGUCUCUCUACGGGUUUUGCCAGACGUGCAGGUUGUAGCCCAUUCCCUGCUCCCUCGACUAGCUCCACCCAGCUAGGAGACUCCCUCCCUGAGUCUGGCACAUUUGGAAGCCACCUGGUAGGAAACCGUAUCCAAGUGUCUCGGGAUGCUGAUUAUGAUGGCAGCCCGAACUUGGGCAGCUCUUGGGGGCGGUCCAGCCAUACCACCCCCAUCAUCACCACUGCCUCCACCUUCACCACUCCAUCUGUUGGCACCGCUUCCUUUUCCUCCUCCUGGGUGACAGGCCCCACCCUAGAAGACAGUGCUCUGAAGCAGGAGCUCCCUCGCAGUGGCCGCUCCCUGCAAGGCAACUGGUUGGCCUACUGGCAGUAUGAGAUCGGCCUCAACCAGCAGGAUCCACACUUCCACUUCCACCAGAUCCGACUGCAGAGCUUCCUGGGUCACUCUGGCACCACAAAGUGUUUGGCACCUCUGGCAGGAGAGGAUUACUUCCUUUCUGGGAGUAAAGACAAGACUGUGAAACUCUGGCCCCUAUAUAACCAUGGUGAUGGAACUCAGGAAGUGGAGCCCAGGCUGACAUAUAACGACCAUCGAAAGUCAGUCUUUUAUGUUGGACAACUGGAGGCUUCACAGGAGGUAGUCAGCUGUGAUGGUAGUGUACAUCUAUGGGACCAAUAUACAGGCAAGCAGAUCCGCUCGUAUGAAGCCGUGGAUGGGAAGAAUCCAAUCACAGCUGUCACCACCAUGCCAGCUCCACACUGCAGUGUUGUUUUUGGCAGUGCAGAUUCUGUUCUCCGCUUCAUUGAUCCUCGCAAACCAGGACUGCAGCAUGAAUUCCGUCUGGCAUACAACAAUGUGAGCGCCGGGCUCAUCCGCUACCUGGCAGUGAGCCCUUCAGGCCGCACUGUGGCUGCAGGGUUCUCAUCUGGAUUCAUUGUUCUGCUAGAUGCACGUACUGGACUUAUUCUGAAGGGCUGGCCUGCUCAUGAGGGAGACAUCCUCCAAAUGAAGGCUGCUGAAGGAAACCUGGUCAUCAGCUCCUCCACUGACUACACACUCACUGUGUGGAAAGAUCUGGAACACAAGCCUCUCCGCCAGUACAAGUCGCAGUCAGACCCCAUUCACGCCUUUGACCUCUACGGUUCUCAGAUUGUAACCGGGACAGUGGCUAACAAGAUCGGGGUGUACUCCAUGGCAGACAUCUCCCUGAGCCCUCUUAGCAGCACAAAGCUGAGCUCGGAGAACUUCCGCGGCACUCUGACUAGCCUGGCGGUCCUGCCCACAAAGAGGCUCUUGCUGCUGGGCUCUGAGAACGGGGCCGUCCGUUUAUUAGCUUAGGAAAAAUGGCUCCCAGCUACACUAAACUCUCUUAGCACUGACCUUGAAAGUGUCUUAAUCGUGAAGACACCAGGUGUCUGAGCUCUCUCUCUCCCGUCUCCUGUACUUGAGGUCAGUUGUACUGGUGGGGCAGAUUUUCAGUUCCACUAAAUUGCUUUUUGAAUGAAGCAGCACAAGUAAAGGCAUUGGAUAAGCUACAUGUCUAAUGAAUCUUGCCACUCUGGCUGUUAGCACCAGAUUUGAUGAACAGGAAACGUGCCACGCAGUAAACAUCUAUCAUGUACAGUAAAGCCCAUGAUUUUUUUUUUAAAAAAAGCCUAUAAAUGUAUAGAUAGUAUAUAAUAGGACAUUCUUCUUUUGACAAGGUCAUUUGUUCCUUUUGACAAGGUCAGUUAUUCUGUUCAAAAGAAUGAAUCAGAAGACGUGCUCAGGAAGGUGGAACCAGACACGGUUCUUAUGUAGUGUUUACACUUUCCAAAUAGAUGCAUAACAACACCAAAAAUACAUUGACCUCAACUUUCAUUUCCCUUGAUGUUAGAUUACAUGCGUAUCCAAAUGCACUGAUUAAACUAUGCAGUAUUUGUAGAUCAUUUGUUUGUGUUGGCAUCACUCCGUCUUUCAUGAGAGUUGUUUCACAUUAGCUUGUUGAUACAUCUUGAACAAUAAAAGUACGCUCACUGUUUUGUCGACAGUCUCGGUGCAUCUUCUCAGAGCGGAAGACGCUUCAAUGGGUCGUCGCACACAAAAGUAAAUUACUGAUGCACAGCCUUUAUUCUACUGCACAAGUAUAGCCUGAAGUGUAACAUUUAGAUUCUCACACAGAUUUUAAGGACUGAAUGUUUUUAUCCACUAAUAAAUUACUUGAAUUUGCUUUGGCAUUUUUAAACAGUUGAUUUAGCAGUCAGAACCUGUAGCAACAUACUGGGAGUGCAUCUAGGCAGACACCACUUUGACUAGACCCACCACUUUCUGAUUUCUAACUUCAGAAGCUAACAUAGGAGCAAUACCUGCCAAGAUAAACAGUUUUGCAUUUCAACAUUUAUAUGAAACUGCAUAUGAAUAUUAUCAGAAAAUGCCAACAAAGGUUGAAAAUCAAUAAAAACGUGGUUUAUCUUGCUGCAGUAGAGAUUUUUUGCUCCUUAGACCAAGCUCAGUUUUCACAAAACUCUCUCCAUGAAUUCAAGUUAUAAAAGGCCACUAGCAUCAACGAUCAAAGCUCUCCCCUUUGUAUGAGUUUUAUUACUGUCAUACUGUAAAACACAGUUUGCCUACUUUUCUAAUAAUUUGCCCAAAGCUCAAAAUGCUCUGACAAGUGUAUUAAACCUUUUGAUAUUUUGUGUUUUUUGUAAAUCUGGAGUGAAAGCUCAAUAAUCCUAAAACAACAAACUUUUGUUUUUAAAAAAAAAUAAAUUUGUAGUUGCAUAUUGAUCAUUGGUUACAAUUGUUCCAGUAUAUCUUUGAACAUUUCAAGAAAAAUCAAUGAGAAAGCUUAUUUAUUAACUGGAUUAAUAAAAAAAUAAAAAAGA